AUGAUGGACGUUAUGGUAUUGCCACGGAAAUUGCAGGAGAUUGAAGAGGGUCUGGGCGAUUGGGAGACGGUGCCGCAGUGUGUGCGGGAAACACUUUUGGCCAUACUGGGCUCCUCUAACCCCAAUGCAUCAAAUGCCAUGAUGGACGAAGCGAAACGAACACUCUUGCCGCUUCGGCAGAAGGGACCAAAGACCGAUAUCACCUCCACGAUUAACGCCAUACUUGAGUCACACCGCUCACCUGUGAUUUCUGCAGCAAACCCGCCGUAUAUUGCCACGAACCUGGACGAGGUACUCACACGGCAUCAUCAGGUUCCUUCUGUCCCCGCUGUGACAGCAGUCAGUCCACCGCGAAGUUACAACGGCCACAACUUCAGCAAUGACAAUGAUGACGGUGACAGGAACGAGGAAGAAGGCGGGGAAAAACUGGAAGCGGAGGGAUCGCGAAUCCCCAGGGUGCGGGAGCCGCUUCUCCUUCCCGAGAAGCGGGUGUACUACGGCAGCGUGCCUGAGGCGCCGUCGGAAUUGUCGCGGCGGGACCGACAAUCAUCAUCCCGACGUACUGGCAAAGUCUCACAAAAAAAGCGGUCACUUCAGGUGCGUCCCAUUGCCAUGGAGAUGCCAACCGUCAAGAAGGUCGAAUGUGUACAACACCGCCGUGAGGUAACAGAUGCUUUGCUGCGAGUCCAUGGCGAAAUUGACCGUUUGCAGGCGGAGGCGGAUUCAUUUCUUGUGAAGGCCAUCUACGACUCGAUGCGGCUGGAUCUACGCCGCGCGAAGGAUGUAUACGGUGAGGUGAAGCCGCUGCCGCAUCCAACCGAAGAACAAGAACAGGCCCUUGCCGCCUUUGCGGAGGGCCUUGCGGUGCUGCAGGAGGCAACAGUAGAGUUGGUAUCAGCGUUCCUGUCCCAGGAGGAGAAGCGUUUUCUCGGCGUUAGCACGCACAAGUAUCAAACCCGGGCGCAGCGCUCUACCACGUAUCAGUACGUGUCAUCAAGUGAGAAGAAGCGAAAGGAACAGGGAACGGUGAAGCGUGCGCAUGGGGACAUCUCCUUCACGUCAGAAGAUAAGAAAGAAAACAUGAAUAGAAACGAAGAUAGUCCCCGUCGUGUCUCUCAAGGGCCGGCCGUAUCCGGCAACGCCAUCACACGCCCCAGUAGCACGACGAUGACUUCCGCUGUUCCUCCCGCCGCUGCCGGCGAUAUUACUGCUGUGACGGAGAAGCGUGGUGUUGCAGGUAGCAAGCCCUCGCAGAAAGCCCGUGCAAAAGCGAAGCCCCAUCCAAAGCCCAGUCAGCAGUCUUUUGCAGACCCGAAGCUCAGCGCUGCUGUUGCUGCUGCUCCCGAGCCUCAGGCGAUGGGAGGCCAACCACGCCUUAAAAUGCUGCCGCAGCUAGAUAAGCUUGGACUCAGCUCAGCCCCGGUAGCAGCAGCAGCAGCAGCAGAACCGACAGUGACAGCACCAACGAUAGCACCGCAACGAACGGAAAAGGGUGACACUUUCUCUUCUGCACCUCCCUUGAAGAAGCAGGGCUCGUGCUCAACUCUGUCGACAAAGUCGUCAGACAGUGCGGGCAACCGCGUGCAUGUGAAAAAGGAGGCAGUGACGCAGGAGGCUGCAAAGCCCGCAGCACCUGCACCUGCAGCAGCGCCCCCUGCAAAGAAAACCGUUGGACUGGGGAAGAUUGACAUCAGGCGUUUCCUGAUCGACAGUGACAGCGACAGCAGCGCCGUGUAG